AUGUCUUUUCUGAAAAAUCACAAGCUCUGCCAACAAUGCCUAAACCGUCAUCACCAAAAAUGCCAACGUGAAAAGGUUUGCGGCAUACGAGGCUGCCGAAGCAAGCAUCACCCAUUGAUCCAUGAGAUGCAGCCGAUGCCAGAGGCUGCGACAUCCAGCAGCUCAUACAGACCAGCUAUGGUCACCAACGUGCAUACGCCGGAGGGCAAGCACACCCAACGAUCCAGAGAGUCUGGCUCAACAUAUUUUCGUGUCUUUAAGCAACUCGGCUUAAAAGGCGUUCCAGAUCCACUGUGCGUAAAAUGGACCAACGAUACAACACGCGAAGAAAAUGCAUCGGAACGUGUCACGCUUACGGUUGCCAAUCCACAUAAUGGCAAUCAAUUCUACUUGGAAGAGGUUCACAGUGUAGAUACCCUGGAUCUACCUGUACAGUCUAUCGACAUAAGGGCUCUCGCCAAAGAAUUCCCCCACCUAGAGGGACUACCGAUAGCAUCAUACACCAACGCACGCCCAAGCAUCCUAAUCGGCACAAAUAACUGGAACCUCGCCGUACCCCUUAAAAUCAAAGAGGGGGCAUGGCACCAACCAAUAGCGUCAAAGACGCGACUGGGAUGGGCACUACAAAGCUCCACGCCAUCAAGGGCCACUAGAGCUAAUGUCAGCGUUCACAUGUGUGGAUGCCGAGACGCAGACGCCAAGCUGCAUGAGAUCAUCAAACAAGCGUUCUCAUUAGACGCUACCACAGCAAAACCGCUAUCAUCACCAGAAGAAACUCAAGCUCUAACCAGACUUGAAUCUACUACCGCCUUGAAGAACGGCAGGUACGAGGUCGGUCUAAUGUGGAAAGACCCUGAAGUUUUAUUACCUGAUAGCUACGAAAACGCACUAAAACGGCUUAAAUGCCUACAAAAGCAAUUUUCCCGACAACCACAGUUGAAGGAGCAAAUCACCAAGCAAAUCGAAAACCUCGUCGAAAAGGGCUAUGCUCGCAUGCUGACGCCGGAGGAAAUAGCUGCACCAAACAGACGGUCAUGGUAUCUACCAACCUUCAUAACUAAAAAUCCAAAUAAACCAGAGAAGGUCCGGCUUGUAUGGGACGCAGCCGCCCAAUCCGGCGGCAAGGUUCUGAAUGACUACAUCUGGAGUGGUCCAGAUCUCCUAAACUCCCUGUUUGACCUCUUACUCUCAUUCCGAGUGGGACGAGUGGCGAUCUGUGGCGAUAUCGCCGAGAUGUUCCACCAGAUCCGAGUGAGACCAGCAGACACCCAUGCGCAAAGGUUUCUGUGGUUCGACAGCAAAUCCGAGAGGCAAGAGCCUAACGUCUAUGUUAUGGAAGCGCUUACUUUCGGAAUCAAUUGCGCACCCUGCAUUGCACACUUUAUUCGUGACAAAAAUGCAGAUCGAUUCUGCCAACAGUACCCUCAAGCAGCACAAGCCAUGAAGGACUACCACUACGUGGAUGAUUUUAUAUACAGCGGCGACAACUACGUGGAAGUCGGAAACAUCGCAACUCAAGUCAGAGACAUCCAUGCAGCAGGUGGUUUCCACAUACGCAAUUGGUCUUCAAACUCAACGGAGGUCCUGCGACUACUAAAGAGCGAUUCGCUACUUCCCGAAGCUGUCGAAAUUACCGCAACAGAAAAGGUACUCGGCUUAUAUUGGAUGCCGAACUCCGACGUAUUCACAUUCAUCUGCAAGUUCGCCAGGCUGAAGCGCAACGUUUUAGACAGCGACAAAACGCCAACCAAACGCGAGCUCUUGCAAGUACUUAUGUCAAUGUACGACCUACUCGGCUUCAUCUCAUGCUUUACAAUAGAGCUGAAAAUCCUACUGCAAGAAGUCUGGAGAAGCGGCAUUGGCUGGGAUACUGACUAUUUGCUGCAGGAUCAACACGAGUGGCCAAAAUGCGAUGAUUUGGGGCCACCAAACAAUGCUGAAGUCAGGCAUAACAUACUCUUCAUCGACAAUUCGCCGAUGGAGCUAAAACUUAACGCGGAAUAUUUUUCCGACUGGCGCAGGCUAUAUCGAGCUUUAGCGCGCUUCAUUCUCUACAUUGAGAAACUGAAAGCGAAACAAAAGAAGGCAUCGCCACCUACAGAGGUGUCUUACGAGAUGAUUCAGCAGGCACGCACACUCCUACUGCGGCAUGCGCAGUUAUCUGAAUUCAACCCAGAAAUUCGCAACUUAACGAGAGAUGAAAACCAGCUCCUACGUACCCGAGGGCGAGCAGAAAACCUAAACGGCCAAAACCAAAUACUGCUCCCAUAUGGGCACCACAUUACUCGGCUCAUAGUGAACUGGUAUCAUCAGGAAAUGCACCACACAUCCCCAUGUAUUAACAGGAUUCGAGGCAUGUUUUACAUACCACGCCUACGAGUCUUAUACAAAGGCAUGCGGAAGUCUUGCCAACGCUGUAAAAAUGAGAGCGCCAUGCCUGUUCCACCGCAAAUGGCUCCCUUACCCAUCGCCAGGCUGGCUGCCUACCAACGUCCCUUCACUUACGUCGGUAUCGACUACUUCGGGCCCUUCUUGGUUGCUGUAGGACGGCGAAGCGAAAAAAGAUGGGGCGUUUUUGCCGCCGAAAUUCGCUAA